GGAUUGUCCUGGGUUGUCCGUCUCGAACAGCAGACCGGAUGUAGGCGAUGGGGAUUGUUGCGAUAGGGUGGCCCACCGCGAGGUGCGCCGGCCCGAGUUGUGCACUCCCUCACGGUAUUCACGCUCCCAGUCAGCAGUGGAUGACGUGUCAGAGUACACAGUUACCCGCUCAUGCCCAGGUUCUACUCCACUGGUUGCGCCUUCCCCAUCCCAACUCGCCCCUUCGUCGCUGUCCUUUUCGAGAAAGAAUGCAUCUACCAUCUCGCGACCGCGAGGCAAUCGACGCAUCAAUUCGAUCGGUGGGGGAUAAAUUUGCACCGGAUGACCGUUGAACUAGUGACGAU